AUGAAAGAAUACUGUGUCAAUAGUAUCUUAUUCCAACGAGGAGUAUACCCCCGAGAAGACUUUCGUAUCAGCAAGAAAUAUGGAAUACCACUCUUUGUCACGACCAAUCCUGAAUUAAAAGACUAUAUUGAUCAAGUCAUCGGUCAAGUGCGUGAUUGGAUGAAAUCUAACAAGAUCAGCAAACUGAUAUUGGUGAUCAAAUCGAGAGAGACUGGGCACGUCCUUGAGCGAUGGCAGUUUGAUGUACACGUUGUGCAACCAGUGGAGCCUAUUACUGCUACAGAGGAAAAUCCAGAGGACAUGGAGCUUGUCGAUAACUCAGUGAGCGAAAGCACCCAGCAACAAAUCCGUGCUCUUAUGCGACAAAUUUCAGCAAGCGUGACAUUUUUACCCGAGUUGGAUCAGGAUGACUGCACCAUAAAUAUCCUUGUUCAUACGGACCAAGAUGUGAAUGUACCAACCACGUGGGGAGAUAGCGAUCCCAAGCUUAUUGAAGGUGGAGGAGAACACGUACGUUUAAAAUCAUUUUCAACUUCAGUACACAAGAUCUCGGCCCUCGUUGCAUACCGCAUUGAUGACGAAGAAUAA